GGGAAGCCCGGGUGUAAGUACGUACAUCAUAUAAAAGUGAGAAAUAAUCCCCAAUUUCAUGAAAACACAAAACCUAAAAGUAACAAACAACAAAUCGGAUCGGAGGGGGGAGUUUGGAUGGAAGACGACGAAGGUAGAAUCAAAGCUCCUCAAGUGGAAGGGGGGAAGCAGGAACAUCUUGUUGUUGAGAAUCAAAGCAGCAGCAGCAGCAGCAGCCCUGCCUCAGCCGCAGCAACUGCUGCUGUGAAAGGGAAGCGCCCUCAUGAGGAUCUUGUUCAGAAUCCAAGUUCUGCCUCUGCUGUACCUGCUGCUGCUGCUUCUGGUACCAAAUCUCAAGUGGAACAAGGAGCCAAGCGCCCAUGUGUGGAGGAGGAGGAGAAGGCAACCAAGCCCAAUCAUACUGUGAAGGAUGAGACGGAGGAGGAAGAGGAAGAGGAAGAGGAGGAGGAAGAACAAAUAGAUUAUGGGGAAGAUUGGAUGAAAGAUGGAGGCUAUUACCUCGGCUAUGACUUUGAGCAAGGUCGAACAGUUAUCGUGGGAGAACGUCCUAGGCCCGUUUGUAGGAGCUUGGGGCCUCCUCCUCCAGACGCGUUCACCUUUAAAAGGAUAGCCCGUAGAUUGGCUGAAACUGGACGUCCAUUUCUUCGCCCUGACGAUCCUCUUAGUAAGAGUCCAUGGAAUCCGUUCCCGUUCCAUGUACCAAGAGAGGGUAUUCAUUUUACUGUUCCCGACCCUGAAGCUUGAUCAAGUUCCCUCUCGGUUGGAAAUGGAUCUAGGAAACCAGCAGCAGCUGAUGCUGAUGCUAACACUUCAAUAUCCACUUGUAAAACAUGUUCAGAUACAUUAAUCUAUGGUUGUAGCAGGUAACUUAACUAUAUUGAUGAAGUUUUUGGAAAACAAAAGUGAUUUGGGAGCUAGUACAAGAAGAAGAAGAUACCCGAUGCUAAUCCAUGUCGUAUUGUACAUGACAUUUUAGCUAAACGUGUUUGCGAAACACGAAACUGAGCCGAACCCACUUAGACUAAAUCAAGACCCACAAAAUUUCGUGUUAGGUUCGUGAUCCAAAAGUUACAAACUAUUUCCACCAUUACAAUUUAGAGUUGACUGAUCUUGAAAGGCGUAAAGGGUUAGCUUGUCACCUAGGAGUAUGGUACUAAAAGCGGAUCCCUGAGACGAAGCUUGAUCAAAUGGAUCUAGGAAACCCGUAACUGAUGCUGCUGCUGCUUAUGGUAAUAGUAUGUAAAUUCGCUUCUUUAGGUUUGUAAGACAUGUUCGGACACAUGAAAUGUUUUGGGGACUUUUUAUCUGAUAUUAAAUCGAAACAUUUUUUCUA